CUCCAGACUCUAAAUAAUGCGCUCGAGAAUCUUUGGUCUGUGGGCUGUCGAGGAAGAUUGAUGACCGUGCAUAUUUCUAAAGUUGCGUUUAGUUUAUGUUCCCUUAGCCAUAGAAUUGGAACCUUGCUCUUCAGUUUGACUGCCUUUGAAAAUGACGAAAGAGAUCGAGGACGACGGUAACUCCGAGUUCUUGCUGUCCAUUGUCCAGGAACGAAUACAAGAAGCCUCUUCGGAUGGGCUUGAGACAGAAGACGCCCUUGCCAAGGGGAAAGAAGACGACAAAAUAAAAAAGGAUAAAGAGAAAUCCAAGAAGGCAGAAGCACCUCCGUCGCCAUCUGCUACUGUGCAGGAGGAAGCGAUGGCUGGCGCUUAUGCCCGAUCUCCGGGGUUUCCCUCAGUCAGGCUGGACAGGGCUGCUACAGCUACCUUGUCGGCUCCAGAGGAUGGACAGAACGACGAGGAAGCUCAAUUUGAGGAAGUUUCCGAAUAUUCGUCAAACAAGUCAGAAAUCCUUGCCGUGGCCGCCGAGGUGGUACCGCCUGAGGAAAAGGAAGUCGAGCUUAAGAGAAGGAUCACUCAAGAGAUUCACGCCAGUGCUCCCUUGGCCGAAGUGGUUUCACCUUCGGAGGAACUACAAUCGGUCGCAGCCGAGGCUCCAAACAAGAGCGGCGGAGAAUGGCGAGCAUGGGUCAUUCCUCUGGCUGUGGGACUUGUGCUCAUAGUAGUGGUUGUGGCGGUUUCAGCUGGAUUGGCGUCAAGGAAUACAGACAGCAGCCAAAGCGACAAUAACCAGAUUAAAACAACCACUGCUAAUAGUGGCGGCGGCUCCACCAGGUUUACAUUGAUUGGUGAAAUCAAACAACGGAACAGUCUUCGUUGUGGGGUGAGCGUCUUCAAUUUGACAGCUGGACAACACCAAGGGCUGGAAUAUGAUCUGUGCCGAGCCGUGGCAGCAUCCAUCCUCGACGAUUCGGACAAUAAAAUCGAGCCCAUUCUGGUCAAACCAUCGACUCGCUUUGACUUUCUCCACUCAAAGUUAGUCGAUUUGCUGGCAGAGCCUACAACUCAAACCAUGGAGCGUGAUGUUACGGAAAGGCACACCAAUGGUAGCUUCACCUUUAGUGCCCCAUACCUCUACACAGGCCUGGGCUUUGCGGGGUAUCCAGAGUUUGUGGAAUGUGCUGAAAACCUCGAUUCCACGAAUGGUCUCUGCGCCAAUCUCACUGUUUGUGUAACUGCCCAGACCACAACCGCCGACAAGUUGGAGAAUCUGUUCCCCAACCCUGUUCGCAUCAUUCACGCCAACAAUACCGCCACGUACACUUACAGCUUUUUAGAGUUUGACGCCUGCAAUGUGGUUGCGGCUGACAGCUCCAAUCUACUUGAACAAGUCUAUCGAGAAUCGGGUUACACCGGAAAGUGGAAGAAAGGUCUCAAACUUUUCUCCAAGGAUCCAUUGACAUUGGUAACUCGAGCGGCUGAUGUAGAGUUUGCGUCUCACGUUCAGACGGUCGUCAAUAUCUUGUAUUCUGCAGAAGCACAGGGCUUGACCCAAGCCAAUAUUGCUGACCAUGCGGACACUCUGGUUGCGGAGUAUGGCGACUUUGGUUCUCUGGUGUACCGGAUCAUUUCCAAGACUGGCAACAUUGGAGAAAUGUAUGAAAGAGACAACACCGCGGAGAGACUAGGCUUGAAUCGCCUCCACAUGCCAGAAAACCAUACUACAGGUCUGAUUUACUCACACCCAUUCGGAAAGUUGGGUAUUCAAGGAGACAUCCUUCUAGGAGGAACGCUUGAUGCCGUUAUCCAACGAGGACAUCUUCGCUGUGGAGUGUCCCAGGAGGGGAGUCCGUUGGAGUUGGCCAGAGAACGUUUCGGCAUAGAGUAUUGCCGCGCUCUUGCUGCGGCUUUGUUUGGGUACAGUAGCACGGAUGAAUAUGUACUAUUGGAGCAAGUCGCAGAUCCUUUGGAAUCCCUGGCGGUAGGCGAUGUGGAUGCGUUAGCAGCGCAACCAAUCAAUCUGCAGACAUCUUGGAAGAGAUUCACCUUUUCUCCGCCGUACUUCUACAGUACAGACUCGGAUGCAUUUGCAUUGGUCACACGACACAGGGAUCCUCAGUGGUCGAAGCUAGUUUAUUGGGUUGUGAUGGCUACGUUUUUCGCUGAGGAGCAGGAGAUCAGCCAGACACGCUACAUGGACAUGCCUGAAGUCCUUUUGUUCGGAGUGCCCUUGAGGGCAAUGUUUCAAUCUUGUAUCCAACAGGUUGGACACUAUGGCGAAAUUUACCAACGAACGAUGGAGUCCACCCAGCCCCGGUCUGGUCGAAACCAGCUGAACCUGGAUGGAGGUCCGCAACAGUUUGGAUUUCCUUUUGCUUGACAUGCUUGGUUACCUCCGCAGUGUAUGUACAUGUAUGUAUGUUUCAAGCAAUAUGCUUCUCUUACCCCUUUCGAGCAAAUGACCAUACUGUGUCCAUCUGGACACCCAGUUUUCGCAAUUUUCGUUGCCAUUGCAACCGAUGAUGACACGACUCUGGAUCUCUCUUGUGUAAUUGACGAAGCCGCGAGGGCGAAGUGAUCCCUAUCCAUCCAGCCGAUGUAACCCAAUCACCCAAGUCUAUAUAGUUAGGCAGCGCUUUUUAACAUAGAAUAUAUGCGAGCAAGAGGGGGUGGAGAUGAUCAUCAUACGGACGAUACAACCCGUCGAGCAAUUCCAGAUUGUCACAUAUCAAGCAGAGUCGAAAUCUCCAUAAACAGAAAAGUUGUUCGUCGCCUCUCGAUGUUUCGCUUCUCGUGGUGGAGGUGGGUCUUGGGUGCAAGCUGCAAUCAUGGGGAUUGCAGGUGCUAGUCCUUUUGUAGUUCCGCAGUCGGCCCCCACUGCGACGCCAAAGGACGAGAUCGUGCAGAGUUGAGUGACCACUGAUAAUGUGACGUGUUGACCAAACCUUGUCGUGUUUGGACGCUGCCGUAUGGAUCUGUGAGCGAAGUGUAAGUGUAGGGUUUUGCAAGCAUGACUAUCAAAAUCCAUGGUUGCCUUCGCUCUAUUCAUCCGUCGAUUGCAUCGUCAGUGUCUGUUAUUGCUUCAUGGUUGUCUGUUAUGGCGUCGUUGUGGUCUGAUAGUGCGUCCGUGUCUUCGUUGGUCCGUGUCGAGCUCGUGGUGGUGGGAGCGUCCGUCUGUUCGCCCAACACAGCAGCAGCAGCAUCAUCCUGGAGGUCUUGGUCCACUGGAAAGUCGUUUUCUAUGAUUUCCAGCUCUUCAGUGAGAGUCUGUUCUUUCAAGAUGAUAUCCGCAGGAGGAGUAGGCGCCGCAUCGAUGGUGGGCAUACGCAUGCUUUGGGCUGUCACUUUGAGGUUGUCCAAUUCAUUCUGUGAUUCGGUACCCAAAAUGAUAAAUCCAGAUCGACGCCUGUGGGGAUUCAACAUCAUCUGUUUGCGACGAUCUUCGGACGGGGCAGUGAUAUUGGCAACAUCAGCUGCACCACCACCAUUCUCGGUGUUGUUUCUAUUGCUGUUGGGGAGCGCCUGGAUACUGUUCCGGUUUUUUCGGUUGCUUCGGCGACAGAAGAAGCUUUGUAUGAAUUGUCGUUUAAAGACCAAAUAGUUCAUGCAUCCUUGUAGCGGCAAGAAGAGCGUCAUCAUAAAGGGAAUAAAGAACGUAAUCUGGUCGUAAUGGAAUUGAAGGGCUCGAAAGAGCGUGGGAAAGAAGAAUGUGAUGAAGAAGACAAUGGUAAAGAGGAGGCCUUGGAUAAAGAUUGGACGGGAGAGUCUCCGAGCCUUCCGCUCUUCUUCCUGCAGCGCGGCCUGCAUAUGUUGACUCAUAUGAUCACUGGCACUAUGGUCCUCGUUCUGCAUGCUGCCCUGUUGGUCGGAUGCCCGCCGCAAGGCAAUGUUGGCAAAGGAGUAGCGCUGAAUAGCGGUCUCCUGUUUUCGAACAUGUCUGUACAUGAGGGCGAACAAGGUGAUGAUGACGGCGAAGAUGACCCAGAGCACGCCAUAGUAGAAGAGAAACUUAAGCAAAUUCGAUUGCUCCGUUCCCGUAAACCAGCACCAGAGUUCGUUAGGGUUGAAUUGUUGUGUGGCGACUCCGUAGGUGGCUGUCAGGAUUCCAAAGGUACAAGGCAGAAUAUGAAAGACGAACCAUCUGCGCCUCAUGCGGUCUUCUUUCCAGCUGUGAUUGAUGGUCAAGUAGUAGUAGAUGGACAAGCUCAGGUUGUAAAAGGGAAUGGCGGAAGCAAAGGUUUGGAACAAAAACCCUUGAGCGGUGCAAGUGGCAUCCGUCCCGCUCGGUUGGAACUGGUUGCCUUCGACGUCGCUCGGAAUGGCCCAGCUUCCCACAAAGUACAUGCUGCUGGCCCCAAUAUCAAACAGAGACAUACCCAACAAGAUCUGGUGUAAUACGGAAAUCAUCUGUAGACAUCCUCGCUUCGUAUUCAUGUUGGACACGGACUGUCCUGGCGGGCUGUUGUUGCUGCUGCGAAGACUCUCAUGGCGCAAAAUCUCGUACACCAAUCGAGACGAUCCCAGUAUCGAAAUGGAUCCAGAGACUUUGGCGUUGAUCUCCAAGAUCCUCAGCUGCUCCGGGGAAUAUCCCAUGGUGCUGCUGCUUCUUUGAUGUUGUUGUUUCCCUGUUAAAAACUAUACCACUCCAACUUAUGCUGAUUGUUGAUCUACGCCGACAACCUCGGUGGUCGGCGAUGCAAGUCCCCACACCCCACAGCACACGCUCGGCAACCAAAGAACAACACAAAUUUCGUCUCUCAAAGUUCCGGUGUAAAAGAAAGGGGAGGUCCAGUUACUGAAUUUAAGAAUGUCACCGGAAACCUGUAUGUUAAAUCCAAUAAGAACUCAGAUUCUUU